AUGACGAUGAUGGAGGGGCCCUACACGUUGCUCAAGUCCUCCGACUUGGACCGCAUUCGGAACACGCUGCAGGAGGCCCCGCAAACGAGCAACGUCUUAGACAAGGUCACACUACACGCCGCAUCAAUAGAGCGAUCGAAGAAAUGGCCGAACACAAUCCACGCGCUCCGUGCAAAGAAGGAGGCGGCAAAGCGGGAGAAGGCAGAACUAGAGGAGGCGGAGCGGUGCAAGGUGGACGCAGAGGAGGCCGCGUUCCGAGCAGAGCAGCGCAGGAUGCAGGAGCGAGAAGCGCAGAUCGCAUACAAGCAGACCGUCAAACAGCUGCGCACCAAGGCGGACCAGGCUCUCUUAGACCAGCAGCGUGCGGCGCUGGCCAAAGCGGAAGACGAGGAGAAGAAGAAAGCGGAAGAGCGGAAGAAGAAGCUGCUCGAGCAAAAGACCAUCCAAGGGAGCCAGUUGGACGAGCUACGGACGCGCAUUCUCAAGGAGCGCGCGGACGUCCGCGAGGAGGGCGCGCGCCUGCGCGCGCGCGCGGAGGCCGACGCCGCGGAGGCGCGGCGAAAGGAGGAGGAGCGCCGGCAGCAGGCGGUCGCCGCGAACCUAGCGACGGCGGCCGCGAACGACGCGCUGAAGAAGUGGAAGGAGGACAUGCGGGAGCGGGAGCGGCAGGAGGAGCGACAGAACGCGGAGUACGUCCUCCAGAAGCAGCAGCAGCUGGCCGAGCGCCGCGCGGCCGAGGACGCGCGCACGGCCAAGAAGGCCGCGCACCGCGCGCGCUUGAUCGCCGCGCGCGAGCGCGCGCUGCAAGACUACAAGGAUAAGAACGAGGCGCGGCUGAAGGAGCAGGAGGAGGCGCGGAUACAGGCCGAGGACAACCGGGAGAGGGAGGCGGCGGAGCGGCGCGCGCGCGAGGCGGAGGCGAUCGACAAGAGCCGGAAACAGCAGCUGUGGAACAAGCACAAGCAGCGCGAGGCGGAGUUCCGCGAGCAGAAGGAGUUUGUGGACCAAUGGAAGCGGCGGAACGCGGAGAUCAAGGCGGAAGAGGCGAAGACGAAGCAGGACGCGCUGGCCAAGGCGCGAGCCAUGCAGGCCGCGCUCAAGAAGCAGAUGGUGGGCCUUUCUCCCUUCUUUCCGUUCUGUGUUACAGGGCGACUCGAUAGGCAUAAGAAAAAAGGCGACUACCUUGCGAAGUGUUACGAAGACAAGAAGGCCCGUCGAAGGGAACAAGAGCGGAUGCAAGACUUGGAAGAGUUCGACGCAACGAUGGCGGCGCUGUCCGAAGACGAGGCGACGUUCCGGGAGUAUGCGGACGUUUGCGUCAACGAGUGGGCGACCCUGGGGAAGAGCACCAAACCGAUGACGCUCAUGCUGAGCAAGAAGCGGGAAGAGCUUAUGGCCGCGACGGUCGACUUAUAG